AUGAGCCGAAGAACAAAUGUGGCCAUGAAGACUAGAAUAGUCAACGGAGCUGCUGAUAAAUUACUACAGCUUAAAGUGGAUAAAUUAGAAUUAGAGCAAACUAAUUCAUUAGAUGUCUUGAAGAAACAACAGCGACAGAUUAAAGAUGAAUUAUGUCGUGCAUUAAGGAUUAAUAAAUCGCCUCAGACGAGUAUGACUUUACCCGUUCAUAAGCAAAAUAUUAAUCGUCGUCGAAGUGCAUCAGCUAUCGUGCUCUCAUCAGAUAUGGAAGAAUUUCAUCAUAGUCAAGCUGAACAAGCUAAUCCACACCAUAGCGGAAAUCGAUCUCGUGCUGAAAGUAUGAAACCAAUCUUAGCUUCUUCCAUCUCGGUACCUGAUCAUCGAUUAUUCAGUUGUACAAAUGAAACAGCUAGCCAUCAAGAACCAACAACAACUCCAACUUCAAGAUCAGCAUCAUGCUCAUCAUGGUAUGGGCAAAUCGAUGAUGAUGAUGAUGAUAUCGAAGAGGAAGACCAUCAUCAUCAUGGUUGUAGCCAUUCUCCAAAAGGGAUAAAAGGCAAUGCACGUAAAUUACCUAAGCCAAAUGUUAAGAUUUCGUUAGAACUCGAUGGCGGCAAGAUUGGAAAUCGUGCUACUCAUCAUCAUUCAUCUUCUCAUAAAACUUCAAGUCAACGAUUAGAACCUUUAUUUAAUAAUAAAAAUUCAUUUUUAUCCGUGGAAUUAUCAACACAAGUCAUGACUAACGGUAAAAAAGGUGGAAAGCAAAGUCGAUCUCUCACCACAGUGGACGGUAGAAAGUCCCUUGACCGUCAACAACAUCAACAGCAAUUAAGCCUUCCACCUAUGAGGAAAGCAUUGUCAAGCGGGUCUAUUAAUUUAAUUUCCAAUAACAACAACUAG